AUGGCACUUUCACCCUCCUUCUCUUUCACCUACGACAAAUCCCUAAGACCAUUCGACAUCACCCCUAAGGUCUUCCUCUCCCAGCGCCCUAAGUUCGACAACGUCGCAGCAGGCACUCUAAACUUCAACAAGAAAGACGAGCUCCUUCUCAUAAAACGAGCAUCGAAUGACACCUCGCCAAACCGCUGGGAGAUCCCUGGCGGAGUUGGCGAAGAAGGCGAGACUAUCCUCCACUGCGCUGCACGCGAGACAUUCGAAGAGACUGGCUUAAUUGUUGUUCAUUUUAAGCGUCUAGUUGGCGGGGAAGUGGUGACGGAUGGUUCAACAUGCAAGCUCAGCUUUGAGGUGGAAGUUAAAAGCACGGAAGGUGUGACCCUGAAUCCGGAGGAGCAUCAAGAUUAUUUGUGGGUUACGAAGGAGAUGGUUGGGUCUCUCGAGAUUACUGGACCGGAGCACAAGGCUACGAUUUUGGAGGCAUUCCAAAGGGAAAGGAAAGAGGAAUGA